CAAACACAGUUUUAACAUUACGCCGACAAGAAAAGCUUUCGUCCAUAGAUAACAAAAGUACGGAUACUUCAACGCCAUGACGGCAGGUGUCCCCGCCCCCUCCCCCGAAUCUUUAGGAGUGCACAGAACAGACGGGAUAUUGUUUCUCACUCAGACCUUUCAGUUCCCGCUUAGAGGGGUCAGGGUUUACCUAACCCUGUUAGAGCUAACCGACUCUGCUUUCGUACCCCCAUUCGCCCGCCGGAAAUUCCUCGCAUUGUGUCGUACAAUAAUGCUUCGCAGGUGACUUGGUCGAGCCAACAAAGGCCCUCGCGCUCGCUCAAGUUUUGUUUGGCCGUGAAACAAGGCACAUGCUUGCGAGCUGACGGCGGCUUCCAUUUAGACCACUGCAACCCUACACUCCCCACUCCUCGUCCUUGCCCUCUAUGUAAACACUGUCGCCCAGUUCUAUAGUAUAAACGCUGGUGGCACUCGCUCUUUGCUUUCAGACCAGACCAGACUGUACUACAGUGCUGUAGUCAUGAAGAGCGAAGGGAAGAAAACAGAGCUUCCAACCUACAGACUAGUGCUUCUUGGAGACGCUGGGGUCGGAAAAUCCGCGAUCACAGUACGAUACUUGUGUGGAAGAUUCCUGCACGAGUACGACCCUACGUUAGAGGAUUGCUAUGAGAAGGAGGAAACGAUAGAUGAUCAUAGUAUGAAGAUACAGAUAUUCGACACAGCAGGACAGGAUGGGACAUCUUCUACCGGAAAGGGUUACCUUGACGACGCUCACGGAAUAGUCUACGUCUAUGACAUCACCGAGCAGUCGUCGUUUGACGUCGCCUCACAAUUCAGGGCUCACUUGACCGAGAUAAAAUCCAGUCUCCCCGUCCUGUUCAUCGGAAACAAGGUCGACUUGUCACAUUUGCGACAGGUCACUACGUCCGACGCGGAGGCGUUUGCAAAGCAGCAUGGGUGGAAGUUCGUGGAGGUCUCGGCUGCUGUGGACACCGAGUCCGUCCGAGAGGCCUUCCAUGAUCUCGUGAGAAUAAUCCGCGUGAAAGAACGAGAGCAGGGAGACAAGCCCAAGAAGAAGAUGUUGAGAAGACGAUCGACGUCGAAUUUCUUCGGACUGGGAGGUGGCGACAAGGAGAAAGCUGAAAGGAGGGAUUCAGGGGGGAAGAAGGAAGUCCCAAAAGGGAAGCAGUUGAGAAAAAGAUCAACCUUCUUAGACAUGAGAGACUUCCUUAAAGGACUUCGGGUGGUGCAUCCUAAAGAAGAUGUCUAGACACAAACACAAGUAAAAAGAUGCGCAAAAGAAGUCAAAGUGAACCAUGUACAAAUACUUGAGAACCUCCCUUCAGGACUAAGAAUCCAAAAAGAACAAAAAGACACGAGAUACAAUAUGCAAUCUUCAGAAACAGACUGACACUAAGUUUCUGAAUAUAUAACUGUACAUACGAACACCGGAAAUUCUCGACAAGAAUUUGGUCUUGUCCUUAUAUUUCAUUCCGAAUCGGUGCGUGGUUGAGAACUGAGUACACAAACGUUCAGACAAAAUGACACUGUCUUUUAAAAGAGGACUGGAUCGGACUUUGCGUUGCAUAUGUUCGUCUGUGGUGAUUGGAGGCAAAAACACCAUGUACCAGCGACAGCUAGCGGCUAUUGGUAUCUCUGCAGUCUCCCUUAACAGGUUCAAUACUACAGAUGUAUGCCAUUAAACGACUGUUGUAAAUGUUAUUUAAAGACUUUUAUAUUCACUUGAUAAAAGUCUUGUUACUUUUACUAAAUAUACAAUUACGGUAAUGUCAAUGGGCAAUUUUGUACUUUAUAUCUGUAUCAUAUUGUACCGUACUGUAUAGCAUAGCAUUGCUUUGUAUUAUCACAACGUCGAAUUAAGGAAUCAAUAUAUACAUUUGUCAAGGUGAAAAUUAUAAAUUGUAAGAAAGACAAAUUGCACUGUUAAUACUUUAGUGGAUGGCAUAAUCAGUGGACUACUAUAUCAGAAAAACGUAAUUGCAAAGUUUUGCUAUUUCUAGGUAAUAAAGCAAAAUAACCAGGCAUCUUUAUUUCUUUGAUAAAAUUAUCAAAAGGUCAAAAUGACCAGUUCUUUAAUGUACAGGUAAGUAUAAACAGGGUACAGAGCGAAGCAUGUAUAUUUUGCUAAUGCGUAUCGUCGUAUUUCAAUUAUUCUGUAAAACUAUUAAAAUAUCAGCGAGUAAAAUUCAUUUGUUGCAAGGAUGAAAUAAAACAACUUGAUACUCAA